AGCGGGAAAUUUGCCUCCCUGAAGAAAAAGUUCAAUGAAAUCAAUGACCAAAUUCCUGAAGCCAACAAAGAAAAACGCGUCCAGUAGCCUUUUUUUUUGCGAAUGAACCAAGUCUUAGGGCUGGAAGAUUCGUCAACUCUUGAACAUGUCCAUGGAGUUGGAGCCGCAACCUCGAAAAAGAGAUCUAGGGAUUUAACUCCUUCACCUAACCGCCGUCCGUCAUCGGAAAAUAGCCAAGAAACUCGCUCGAGAAGACAAAAAGGAAAAAUCACGAAUUCAGAAUCAAUCUCUUGUCUUAUAGAUUUAGAAAUGGAUAGUGCUGCAAUGGACAAAGAGUUUCUAGCUGAGAUAAAAGCAAGCAACGAAACGAGUUCUGCUAAAUCUAACGCUAUUAUUUCUGCAGCUAAAGCUAUUGAAAAGGUUUCAGAGGCUUUCUUGGCCAAAUACAGAAGAGUCGAUGAAGAUAAUAAAGUGGCCAAAGCUAUUGAAGAAAUCGACUAGACUGCCCUGUGAGAAAAUGUUUGGUCCUUUCAAGAAAAAAAUAAGCAAUUCUUAGUUCAAGUCAGCAACGUUUGAAUCUCAGUUUUUGUUGUGGUUUUAUUUAACAAUUAGAA